AAUCACUCGUUAAAGCAGUAUAUCGGAAAACCCGAAUAAGUUCGCCGAAAGCGUGUGGAUGACAACUCCUGCAGUCUUAUCGGGUCGAAGAGCAGCAGCAAUAUGUCCUCUAGCAACUUGGCAUCAAAAGUUCAAGAGGCAAAGGGGGCCACAGUAAAUAGAGGUCGGAAGAAUUGGUAUUUAAAUCUAAGGUGUUGAAAACGGAGAUCUUCCGCGUCUUCCGACCAAAAUACACAAAACUGCACGGAGUGAAGUAGAGAAUUAAUUUUGACUUGCGGAAAGCUCACGUCAAUUAUAUAGCCAUUGAGUUAACCGCCUUCCGUAAGCGGCUGCUGUUUACUUUUUAUCAUUGUCGCUUCAAAAUCGUAACAGGGGAAGAACAUCCCGUCACAACCGGUGCAAUAUGAAUGAAACACCACAGGGAAUGGUCCAGCUGCUUGAAAGGGAAGAUUCGAACAGUUUUCAGUCGCAGGCACAGCCAGCGAAUGAUCCAGUGGAGUCCACGAUGAAAAAAAUCACGAUAAGUGUUGGCGAUGCAGGAACAUUGCAUGUGUGGAACCAUGAUGACGUGAUUAUGAUGCAGAAGAAAUACCAUGUCAUGGGAAACGCUGUUGGAUGCUUUGCCAAAACUCCUUUGCAGGACGUCUUCACAUCUCUGCCUGUACGUUUAACAUCUGCUGAAGCCGCAUAUCUACGUGAUAUAAGAGCCGCAAGAUUCGUGAGGGAAGCUGAAUUAACAGCGGCGCCCACAGAAGCCCAGGCAGAAUUAUUUCACGCACACCGACAACGGCAGUACAUUGAUCAGGUUCAAAUACUCGCACAAAAUCGUAUAGCCGAAAUCGAGUCAAAACGGGAUAAAAUAUUUGCUGGCAAAAUCUCUAAAAUGCGAGCAGAUGCACUGGCUAAGGGAAUCACGCUACCGGCUGAUGAGGAGGAAAUUUGGAAAAUAAUGCGAGAUGAACUGCUUAGUCGACCAGUUACGCACGACGGACAUGUCAAACUGGAAUUACCUUUACGGUCGUGGAGGACCGGCAUGCAGAUGUUAAAAUUGCCGGAAUGCGAAUUUUCGUAUCCCGAAUCCCAUGAAGAGAAAAUCUACUAUGCGGCUUAUUUUAAGUUGAUGCUGGCGGGAUUUUGGACAACAUCGGGAGUGAAAUAUGGUGGUGAUCUUUUGCUUUAUGAAGGUGAUGUUCACGUAAAGCAUUCGGUGUGCAUUGUAAAAAUUGUGGAAGAUAGCAAGGAGACAUCACUGGAAGAGAUUUUACGACUGGGACGAGUGGCUACAUCAUGUCAUAAAGCCGUGCUUUGGGCAUCAGUUGAUAACAAUUACGACGUUAAUUUUACAUGCAGCAAAUGGGCACUGAUGAAAUGAGAACCGAUGCACCUUCACUUAUCGAUGUAUCGACUUUCACAGCUUACCUACCUGAUACAAAAAAUCUGUGAUAAUCUCUGUUGUUUUGAUAAUAAAAACACUGGGAAAUCUUUUGG